AUGGUCACCACGGUCCAAGAUCUUGCAGAGCAGCUGAGGCAGGCUGUCGAAAGUUCCAAUGAGCAGAUGAUAGCAGGACUGGCUAGCGCAUACAGCGGUAAAGAACGAGAGAAGGUUCUGAGGGCGUAUCUGAGCGCAACAGGUACCACUGCUGCCGACGCUAUUCGUAAGGCCCUCAAGAACGGCCCCACCGAGAACUUGCUCGCCUAUCUUUGGGAUAAGCCCGGAGAUGUGCGUGCCAAACUUAUCCGCAACGCGCUUUCGGGGAAGAACGACGAAGCUGCCCUUAUUGACCUUGUUAUCCACUGCAGUUCUGAGGAUUGGUACAAUACAUGCACGGAGUAUACAACAGAUUACAAAAGGGUUCUCAACGACGACCUUCUUUCAGACAUAGGGACAAAGGAGCAGUGGACAAAGGUUUUCAAGCACUGGAUCCUCCACAAGAGGUCUGACCGCUUCGACAUCGAUGGAGAUGAGAAGCGCCUGGUCACAGCCAUCGGCAAGAAGGACUACGACACCAUUGCAGAGAUGCUAGGAACCACAUCGGUCAGCGAGUACGCAAACAUAGUCAGGAGAGCUGAGGUAACCUUGGGCAAAACCAUAGACCAGGCCCUCUCUGCGGUCUGGUCUAAGCAAGACUUGGCAGUGCUUCUAGCCGCGCACUACGAGCUCCUCCACCCGGCGCGUCUAGCCUUCCACUUGCUUAAGCAGGCGCUCGACGGCAAAAAGCCCGAUGAGGCGCGCAUCAUACGCAUCACGGCCCUUACUUUCGACACCUGCCUUGCGGUGAAGUAUGCAGCAUCCGAGGCUGGCUACGACAUUGGUUCUGCAUUCGCUAAGGCCCUAGAUAAGCGUCUCGCUCCCCUGAUUAAAAUCCUCUGGCGUGUUAUGUAA